AAAAUUGCAGAAGAAUAUCCAUUAAGAGUAAAAAAAUACUUUAAUGAAAAUAAAAAUAAUCUUUGUAUAUACAACCUGGAUGAUUAUCACAACAUUCAUGAAAAAAGACGUCCAAAUCGCACUACUCUAUCAGAAGCAGUCCAUUUAGCAACAAGUAUAA